AUGAAGGUGUGUGACCCUCGCCACGUCCUUCUCCAGCUCCUCGCCGUCCACGCGACGACGACGAUUGUCAGUGCCGCUGACACGACGAGCACGGGCUCCGGCUCGACCGUUCUGUUCAUUGUCCUUCCCGUUGUCGUCAUCUUGGCGGGCAUUGUGGCCUUCUUUGUGUGGAAGCGCAACCAGCAUCGCGACAAGAACCGCGGGUACGGUCUCCCGUCGAUCACGACCGAGAACUCGCACGACAAUGUCGCGUACGACCAGCGCAUGGACUCGAACUACAGCAGCCAUCGACCGGACAAGAAGUCCUCGCGUCCGUCUUCUUCGUCGUGCUCGACACGGUCACGAGAAGAACGUCCACCUCAGUGGCCAGCGAAUGGAGCCCCGACGUACACGCGUCAACAGCAACAAGAGAUGCAGCAGCAGCAGCAGCAACAGGGACAGCCACUCUAUCGGUCGUCUCAGUACGAUAGUCAGUACGAUUCACACGAUUCGUACCCACCGCCGCCGCCUCCUGAGAUGCCAAUGCUGGAACCCCAAGAUUACGAGGGACGGGGUCUGUCGCUGAUGGAGCUCCAGCAGAGUCGCGUGAAGAGGCGCUCGAGCUUGGACGACAUGAAGCCGAGACAGACGGACCCGGCGGUCGUUGCUCGUACGCAAGAGACAGCCGAAAAGGUGAUGGCCGAGCUCGAGCAAGAGCCGAGCGUUAAAGAGAGCUGGAUCCCCUACGACUCGCUCUACUUUACGCGGGAAAUUUCACAUGGAGCGUUUGGCGAAGUGUGGCUCGCGCAGCUGGAAAACACGCAGGUGGCUGUCAAGAAGAUUCUGGACGAGAAGAAGCACGACGUCAAGGAGAUUGAGUGCUUUGGUGCCGAGAUCAAGCUCAUGGCCGUGCUGCAACACCCCAAGAUCGUGCGGUUUAUCGGCGUCUCGUGGAGCAACAGGCAGGAUCUGUGCGCCGUGACUGAGUUCAUGCCCAAAGGCGAUCUCAACGGCUACUUGGAGCGUCGGAAAACCAAGCUCACGUGGCCUGCCGACAAGGUCUGGCUGGCCGAAGACAUUGCUGAAGCCCUGGUGUACCUCCACUCGCUCUCGCCCAAGCUCAUUCAUCGCGACCUCAAGUCGAAGAACGUUCUACUGGACAGCAAGUACCGUGCAAAGCUCAGCGACUUUGGCAUCAGUCGAAAGCGGUCGUUGGAAUCGACAAUGACGGCCGGGGUGGGUACCAUCUAUUGGACAGCACCGGAGGUCCUGAUGGGCAAAAAGUACACGGAGAAGGCCGACAUUUUCUCGUUUGGCAUUGUCAUGUCGGAGAUGGACACGUGUGACGUGCCCUACGCGGACAAGCGCGACAGCGAUGGCAAGAAGCUCCAGAGCAUGAAGAUCAUCCAGCUGGUCAUUCGCCAGGCGCUUCGACCGACGUUUUUGAAGAAUUGUCCCGAGCAGAUCAAGACGCUGGCGGGUCGGUGCUUGGACGCGAACCCGGACGCGCGACCGGACGCAUCGGAGCUGCUCGAGGUUUUGCGCAGUGUUCACGAUGAGUUGCAGUAG